AUGUCCUUUGGGGAACCACAACCGGUUCAAGUAGCAUUUGGCUUGAGGAGCUACGGGAAGGUAAAGGACGGGAGUGGGAAAAAGGAGAACAGCAUUUCCGAUGAGGAAUGGCAUAUUCACAUGGCCCAGAGGGGAGAGUACAGUGCCUCUGAGGAACUAGCCGAGUACGAGAAACUCUCGGACCAGGUGAAGAUCAGUGAGGAAGCCCUGAGAGCAGACGGCUUCGGAGAGAAUCCUUUCUAUUGCUGUUUGGUGGCUGAACUUCUUCCCGCCCCCGGGGAGCCACAGGGCCCCUGUGUGGUGGUGGGCUAUGGGCUAUACUACUUCAUCUAUAGCACUUGGAAGGGACGCAAUGUUUAUCUGGAAGACAUCUACGUGAAGCCCGAAUACCGGGGUCAGGGGAUCGGUUCCAGAAUAAUCAAAAAGGUGGCUGAGGUGGCCCUGGAAAGGGGCUGCUGCCAGUUGCGUCUCACAGUCCUGGACUGGAACAAGGGGGCCAUGGACUUGUACAAGGCCCUGGGUGCCCGAGACCUGACUGAAGCCGAGGGCUGGCACUCCUUUCGCUUCGAAGAAGAGGCGAUGAGGGAGUUGGCAGGAAAGUGA